GUUGUAGAACCGCGCAGGUCACGGCCCUUUUCUGCCGAGGGUCUUUCUGAGGUUUUUGCAUAAAGAUCUUCUGUUCUCUGUUAUUUCCUGAGAAAAGAGGAAGGAAAUGUGCCUCAGAAGCGUGGGUGAUGUGAGCUGAUUAAGGGGCUGUGUGAACACAUUUGGAGGCACGUUCUCUGACUGGAACAUAACGUCACCUGAGAAAACAACCCUGAGCUGGAGCAGGACCAAGACAAAAUGGCUGCUUCUCAGGGACCGUUGUCCUUUAGGGAUGUGGCCGUAUACUUCUCUCAGGAGGAGUGGGAUUGCCUGGACCCAGCUCAGCGGACAUUGUACCUGGAUGUGAUGUUGGAGAACUACAGGAACCUGGUUUCCCUGGGUGACGAUGACUUCCUUCCAGAGCUCCUCCUCCAGCCGCUGGCUAUUUUAUCUGAGGACAACCAGGCUUUUUUGCAAAAGCCAAAACUGGAAGAUGUAUUUCCUGAAAUAAUACUGGGCCCGCUGACCUUCAGGGAUGUGGCCGUAGACUUCUCUCAGGAGGAGUGGGAAUGCCUGGACCCCGCUCAGCAGACAUUGUACCUGGAUGUGAUGUUGGAGAACUACAGGAACCUAGUCUCCCUGGCUAUCUUAUCUGAGGACAACCAGUCCUUUCUGCAAAACUCAAAUCUGGAAGAUUUAUUCCCUGAAAUAAUACUGAGUGUAUAUAAUGAAGAAAGAAGUUUUCAAUGCAACGCACAUGGGAAAAAUUUUAACCAAGAGUCAAAUCCUAAUAAAUGUCAGAAAAGUCACCUUCCAGAGAACCAUUAUAAGGAUGGAAAAGUCUUUGACCAAAAGUCAAAUCCAAAUAUACAUCAGGGUAUUCAUACAGUGGAAAAGACAAACAAACGAAGUAAAUGUGACAAGUCGUUGCAGCAAUAUUCACAUCACACUGAAUGGCAGAAUAUUCAUACCAGGGAGAGAGGCUACCAAGGUCUUCACACCUUAAUUGCCAUCAGAAAAUGCAUACUGGAGAGAAACCUUUCCAAUGUGGUAAAUGUGGCAGAGCUUUUCAGUGCUCCUCAUACGUUAAUCAGCAUCAGAUCAUUCACACGGAGGAGAAACCAUACAAAUGUAAAGAAUGUGGCAAAGCCUUUAGCCAGUCUUCAAACCUUACUGCACAUCAGAGAAUUCAUACAGCAGAGAAGCCUCAUAAAUGCAAUGAAUGUGGCAAAGCCUUUGGGAGGUCUUCAAACCUUAGUCGCCAUCAGAAUUCAUAGUGGAGAGAAGCCUCAUAAAUGCAAUGAAUGUGGCAAAGCCUUUGGGAGGUCUUCACAACUUAAUCGCCAUCAGACAAUCCAUAUUGGAGAGAAGCCUCAUAAAUGCAAUGAAUGUGGCAAAGCCUUUAAGAGGUCUUCAAACCUUAAUCGCCAUAAGAAAAUUCAUACUGGAGAGAAGCCUCAUAAAUGCAAAGAAUGUGGCAAAUCCUUUGGGAGGUCUUCACACCUUAAUCUACAUCAGAAAAUUCAUACUGGAGAGAAGCCUCAUAAAUGCAAAGAAUGUGGCAAUGCCUUUCGGAGGUCUUCAAACCUUUAUCGCCAUCAGAGAAUUCAUACUGUAGAAAAACCUUACCAAUGUGGUAAAUGAGGCAAAGCUUUUAGGUGCUGCUCAGACGUUAAUCAGCAUCAGAUAAUUCACAUGUAGGGCAAACUGUACAAAGGUAAAGAAUGUGGCAAGGCCUUUAGGCAUUUCUCAAACCUUAAUGAACAUCGUGAUGUUCAUAGUGGAGAGAGGCCAUAUCAUUGUAUUGAAUGUGGCAAAGCCUUUAGGCAAUCCUUACACCUUAGUGCAACUGAGAGAAAUCAUCGUGGAGAUAAUCCUUAUGAAUGUAGAUAAUGUGACAGAGCCUUUAAUGAGUGUUCAAAUCGUUAGGGACAUUAGAAAAGUUCAUACUGGAGAUAAAUUUUACAGACGUAAGGAGUGUAGUAAAGUCUUUUACGGGCACACAAAAUAUAUACUGGAGAGAAGCCUUAGGAAUGAGUACAAUAUUGCAAAUCUUAUGAACACCAUUCAUGUCUCAUUGUUAUUUGACACAGUUCAUACUGGAGAGAGACAUAGAUGUCAGAAUGUGCUAAAGCCUCUCAUUGGCAGUGGAAUCUUACCACACAUAAGGUAAUUCAUUCUAGAGAGAAGUCUUACAAGUGUCAAAAAUGUAGCAAAGCCUUUAUCGGCCCCUCAGACGUUACUAAACACCAAAGAAUUCACUGUAAUGCACAUGUUACAAAUGUACAUAAUGUGGCAAAGCCUUUAAUCACUCUUCAUAAUUUACUCAUCAUUAGAUCAUUCCUAGUGGCGAAAUACUGUAUACAGAUUUAAGUAUUUUGGAAAAACUUUGUUUUUUCAUAUAUACCUUAGUAAUCAUCAAAUAGCUCAUUCUUGACAGGAUCCUUAUACAUGUGGAAAAUGUGGCCAAACUUUUAUAAGUGAUACCCUACAUGACAGGAGACAAAUUGUAGUGGAGAGGUCUUUCAUGUGUAAAUCAUGUGUCAAAGCUUUUAAAUGACAUUCAUGCCUUACUCUAUGUGAGAAAAUAAUAUAUACUGGGAGGAACUUUACAAAUGCUCUACCACAUCGAUGUUGCUCUCUGUCUCUUUCUUGCAAACAUUUGUGCAGCAAACAUUUGAACAUAGAACGCAAAUAUCAAUGGACAUAAAGGGAGAAUUGACCUUGUGUUAUUUGUAUUCUUUGCUUUCUGUUAUUGGAGUCAAAUAUUUGUCAAAUAUUAAGGA